AUGAUCAAAGGCAAUAAUUUAUCCGCUCAUCUCGACUGGGUAAAAGAAUCAAAACCCUACCUACCGUCUCAAAACAUAAUAGACUCUGUACUCAAACCGUAUCCGAAACAUAAAAUCAAUGUUUUUUCAUCAACAUCAACAACAACAUCAUCAUCGCAGCCUGGACAAUCUAAAACUACACCAUGUCAUAACUCGUUAAAGGAAUCCGUAUCAAUUAUUGGUGACUAUGUAGUCACGUCUUUAUCAACAGACACCGCUAUUAACAACAACAACAACAACAAUAAAGAAAACAUCCCACCGCUGAUAAAUUCUGGUAAUCAACAGUUAUCGCAUACGCGUCCAAAUCAACGUCAAGAGCAACAGAAUAUCAACACCACGCUAAAUUCCUCAUAUAACGCGUCUAACUCCUCACAAACAAAACUGAAAAAACUGCAAACACAACCAUCAUUAUCUAGGUUUUUCUCUCCUCAGAAUGGUAUCCCUGGAACUGCACCUGGAACUGCACCUGGCAGUGAUAAUAUUGGCUCUGAAAUUAUAGACUUGACAUUCGAUCUUAGUCCUCCUAAAAAACGACCGGCGGGAGAUUGUACUUUUACAAACACGCAGGGAAGCAAGAAAAGAUCAAAACUAUCAGCAUCUACCAAAGAAAAUAAACUCUACAAUUGUUUGGAACUAGUCAAGUUACAGGAAACGAAAAUCAAAUUACUUGAGCAAAUGUUUAACACAAGCGAGUCCACCUCCAUCUCCGUGGAUCAAAAGAAACAAGAGUAUAUUGGCUUGCGAACGAGAAUAGAUGCAUUAGACAGAGACAUACUAUCGAUAAAAAACAAUUUGAAAGAGUCUACGCCAUUUUCGCCUUCUUCGCCACCAACAACAUCGAACGAAGGUGACCCAGAACGUAGGUUUGAACAUGAACCUGAACCUCAACCUGAACCUCAACCUGAACCUCAACCUGAACCUCAACUCGAACUCGAACUCGAACUCGAACCUCAACCUUUUAUCCAAGCAACAACUUCUUCACACUUGAACGAAAUCACUGAUGAUAUUGAAGAGUCUACAAUGGACGCGACUGUAUUUAGACCGUUACCAAGACCAACGAGAUUAACUGCGGCAAGGCAAAUUAUUUCCAACUUUGCAGCAGAAACUAAUAAUAAUAGUAAUAAUAAUAAUAAUGAUAACAAUAACAAUAACUACAACAAUGUGUCAUUUGCCGAGGCUGAGGAUGAUUUUGGUGAGCAUACCAUGGAAGGUUUGAGAACUCCAACGCAAGAACGCGAUGACUACGAUGACAUUGGAAGCUUCAUUGACGAUGGAUCGAUUGUUGACUCGGAACAUGACUCCUCGGGAAUACAAGAACAACUGCAGGAUAUCGGAAGGGUUGAUAGAGAAGAAUUGGAAGAUCUUCGAUUGUCACCCGAUGUGGCUGAAAAAUACGGAAUCAAAUAUGAUUAUAAUAAUACCAAUAAUGGUAGAAAUGGAUAUGCAUUAUCGCACGCCGAACAAAUUGAAUCUGGUUUUGGUGACGAUUAUAAUGUUAACAACCAGCCACUUGACGACGCAUACGAGGACUUGGAUGAUGACUUUGUGGAUGAAAUGGAAUAUACAACUCAACUAAACCAAGAACGAGAAUUAGAUGUCAUUGAAAUAGACUCUGAUGACGACAACGACGACGACGACGAUGAAGACACUGCAUUGAGCGAUUUACCUGUACCACUUGCAGGUGAUAACUUUCCAUCUACCACCCACACCACAAUCAACACAUUAACGGCAGCAAACUUAAAUGCUAUGUCUGCUUCUUUGAUAUCUGGGCAACAAGCAUUACCAGUUUCCAGCGUAUCAAAACCACCUUUGCUCAACAUCGAUUCCGAGGACGAUUUCAGUGAUGAAGAUGAUGAGCUCAUGCAAAUUAUUAAUGGUCCGAAAGAGGUUAAAGAGCCAAGAGUAGUUCCACCAGGAUCAGAAGCAUUUAUUGAUGAGAUUUACAGCACAUUAAACAACACUUUUAAACUACAGUCGUUUAGACCAAAUCAAUUGGAAGCUGUUGUUGCGACACUUUUAAACAAGGACUGUUUUGUGUUGAUGCCCACUGGUGGUGGUAAGUCUCUCUGUUAUCAAUUGCCCGCGUUGAUUAAAGGAGGUCGUAGUCAGGGAACCACUGUUGUUAUUUCCCCCCUUAUUUCAUUGAUGCAUGACCAAGUAGAACAUCUUAUUAAAAGAGACAUAAAAGCAGGUAUGGUUAGUUCGAGACAAAGUAGCGGUGAUAACAAGCACACUUUAAACUUAUUCCGUGACGGGUUCUUGGAUAUUGUAUACUUAUCCCCAGAAAAGGCCAACAAAUCAUCAAUGAUUCAACGAAUAAUCAGUAAAUUAUAUGAUCAAAAGAAAUUGGCUAGAGUUGUGAUUGACGAAGCCCACUGCUUAAGUUCCUGGGGCCAUGAUUUUCGCCCCGAUUACAAAGGUAUGAGCUUUUUCAAAGAAAAGUACCCGGCUGUCCCGGUGAUGGCUUUAACUGCAACUGCGAACGAGAAGGUGCGGAUGGACAUAAUACACAAUUUGAAAUUAAAUUCUCCCGUUUUUUUGAAGCAAAGUUUCAAUAGGACAAACUUGCUAUAUGAGAUUAGGUGGAAAAAGAAGGACUUUUUAGAAGAUAUCAAAGACUACAUUGUAACAAGAUUUUCCAAAAGUACAGGGAUUUUAUUUUGCAAUAGUAAGCAGGCAUGUGAGGAUACCUCGAACAAGUUGAAUAAGCUUGGGCUUUCAACUGGAUUCUACCAUGCGGGUAUGUCGACAGAAGACAGAUUUCAAGCGCAACAAUUUUGGCAAAUGGGAAAAACUCGAAUUAUUUGUGCCACCAUUGCAUUUGGUAUGGGUAUAGACAAGCCAGAUGUGCGAUUCGUUAUUCAUUUAUUUAUUCCAAGAAGUUUAGAAGGCUACUACCAAGAGACAGGCCGUGCUGGCCGUGAUGGCAAGCCUUCUGAAUGUAUUUUAUACUACUGCUACAAAGACGCGAGGUCCUUGCAGAAUUUGAUUCACAGAGAUGAAAACUUGACGGAGGAAGGUAAAGAAAAUCAUUUGGCGAAAUUGAGACAAGUUGUGCAAUAUUGCGAAAAUACAACUGAUUGUCGAAGGCAACAAGUGCUCCACUAUUUUAAUGAGUCAUUCAAUCCAUCUGAUUGUAACAAGCAAUGUGACAAUUGUAAAAACUAUAAUCAUGUUACAGUAGUGGAGAAGGACUGUACAGAGUAUGCACGGGAUAUUAUUAAACUAGUCAAAUCGAUACAGAGUGAAAAAGUUACUGUACUUCAUUGUCAAGAUGUUUUCCGAGGCAUGAAGCAUAAAAAGAUUACAGAGAUGGGACACAACAACAAUCCGUACCAUGGUAAAGGUAAAAACUUGGAUAAAACUGAUAUAGAAAGAAUCUUUUUUUUCUUAUUAAGUGAAGAAUGUCUUGUUGAGUACCAAGUAAUGAAAGCGGGAUUUGCAUCAAACUAUGUACGAGCGGGCAAAAAUGCCACAAAGGUGCUUAAUGGUAGGAAGUCGAUCAAAAUCCAAUUUAGUUCGGCUUAG